UAUUGUAAAUGACAAGAAGGACGUGACUAUUUAAAUCGCUAUAGUGCGCCGAAACUUAUAAUGUCGUCGACCAGUCAUGACAACAAAAUACAAUUUUUCUUGCAACUUUUGGACCAUAACAAUCGUCUAACAAUAGGAAGUGAUGAUACAACAACUCUUCAACGAACCUCUUGGAGAUGACAGUGCCUCCAACAGUGUGAGUGGCUCCGCAGUCCCAAGCCCUGUCACUGUCACUCAUGAUGCCGCAGAAGAAGGAAAAGAAGAUAAAAAGCCUCCUGUUUUUAAACAUCCAAAUUUCCAGCAUUCUAGCAAGAGCAGCAACAAGAAGAGAGCCUGGAGAUCACUCAAGCAGAUCAUUGCACAGGAACGAAUGCUUCCAUGGGGAGAUGAUUAUAUCCAUUAUGGUAAUAUAGAUGCACCACCAUCAUUCAAGCCUUCUAAAAAGUACUCUGACAUAUCUGGAUUACUGGCAAAAUACAAAGACCCACAGACAAAGUUGCUGUAUGCCAAUGCAGAAGAGUUUUCAACUAUACGCAGUUUACCAAUGGACAUAACAGCAGGAUACCUUUCAUUACGCAGAGCAAAUAAUCCAAUGGGAUAGAAACAUUGGACUUAAGCAUCGAAAUAAAAGCUCUAGUUUAAUCAAGUUUUCUUUUAAAAAUGUAUUAUUUUUAUAUUAAAAUCUGAAAAACUG